UCUUCUCAGCGGAAUCCUCGCUUAAAAAGUGCUUUGGUGGCAAAACCAUACAGCUGGAGUCCCCAGCUUGGUAAAAACUGUAGUACAAUUGGAAAAUGCACACAACGAGAGGACUACCAUGGACUGCAGCCGUGUAAUUAGUAGCAUUUUCUCGAUGAAGAGGCUAAAGAGUGGAUGGUCGUCGUCGUGGGUGAUAUCCGUAUCUUCGCCUCUUACUAAAGGCAGCACUCCGACACAAGUUGUCCCUGGCUGAGGGGGGAGAGAGAAAAAAUGCAGCUCAACACCUUCUUUUUCCAACUCUGCUCGUUACACACGACUCGACGUCAGCGUCCGCAUUUCAUCUCCAGUGUGCACUACUCUUCCACUUGCAACGACUUUUUGGUCCAGCGCCUAUAUUAACCGCGACUAAUAAUUGAUCUGGGAUGGUUUUGUUCUCAAUUUUUUUUGCAUGGUAUUUUCUCUGGAGUAGCUCAACGCCUUCUUGGGUGGUUGUUAUGGCCCAAUCGCUGCCCUUUUCAAGCAAGACCAUAACAUCAACUAUAGCUUCCUGGUUUGUGUUUCAAAAUAAAACCACAUGUAUGGCUAUUGUCUGGGAGACGUAAAAAACACGUCUCUUAUUGAAUCAGCUUCAAAUCAAAUUCGAGGUUUUGGAAAAUAUGUAAACAAUCGGAGAAGGGACGUUUACUCGACACCGUUUCCUUUUAUUGUCUUGUAACUCACUUUACUUCCUAUAUUUUGGCCAUCUUGACACACGCAUGAACGUUGACGAGUGACUGGCCAGUAGGCAGUCAGUGCUCGCGCAGGUUGCGCAAAUAUAAAGGAACGCGCGCGCCCUCUAGCGCAUAUUGCUCGAUAAAAUGGUAAUUAUGCUGUUAAAGUAAACUUUCACUUUGUAAUACUUGUAAUACCAAAAUUUUUCUUUAUUUAUUUGGAUUAAUUGUUAGUGUGAGAACAAAAUGUAUCUUAUCAUUGGAAAAAAAACAACAACAGUAAUACCGUAUAAUUGCAUGCAGAUUUAUAUAUCCAGUUUUAGAAUAUUUUUGUAUUUUUAAAAAUUAAUAUAUUUUUUAUAAAAAGUAUUUUUGUUGUCAAGUCAUUUAUUGACAUGUACUGUAGUUCCCCUGACAUCCGAGUGAGCGCGACAAAAACAUACAACAGAGAGAUCUUUAUCGUGUUCAUUAUUUUGACUCCCAAUGCUUGAACCUUGGUGAUUCCUGGGUUGCUCCUGAACAUCCAAAACAUUUUCCUUUCAUCUGGGGGUGACACUGUUGGCCUUUUUCCAGACCUUGCCAAAAAGAAGUCAAUCAGCUGCAGUCAAUCGCCACUCAUUAAAAGAUGUAGGUGAAUGUAUGUGUACUGUAUACUUGAGACUACGUACAGUUCUGACCCUGUGUAAAUUCGAGACAAUCCACCAUAAAUUCAGAUUUGUGCACCUAGUCGAAGUUGUACUUUGUGUAAAAAGAACUGUUAAGAUAAAUCAUUAAGGGCCCAAAAUUAAUAAGACAUUCAUGCCCAUAAUGGGUGUAUGUAAACUUCUGACCAAAAUGUAAGUAUUUCAAAAUGAUGUGCUUGUUAAGGAAGCAAGUAUGAGUGAAAGCAGUGCUUCUCAAAUAGUGGGGCGGGCCCCCCUGGUGGAGGGAGGACGCAAGAGGGAGGCAGUACUUUCAAUGUUAGGUGCAUAACUGCCAACAUGUACAAAUUUAUCAUAAUCAACAUGCAGUUAGACUCUUGAAUAUGCUUGUAUGCUUCACAGCUCUCCAUUUUGUUGCAUUUUCCUGGUUUCAAUUUUGAGUUCAGGUUGUACAGGACAGAUAAAUAAAUAGAUAUUAUCAGUUUCUCAAUGGUAUGUUAAAUUUGGGGAGGGCCUGAAAACAUUUCUGUCCCCAAGGGGGGCAUGACAGAAAAUAACUGAGAACUGAGUUAAAGGGACUGUUUGCAAGCUGCCUAGAGGGUGCUAACUUUUGACUUUACUUUAUAUUUUUGCUCUCUUCUUGCUCUGAGCUUGUAAGCUACGCCUUACAUAACACACACAUGCAUAUUAAUUUUGUUUGUUGUCAACUAAUGACAGCGAUUUGGCUAAGUUUAGCUACCACAAUUAGCUAUAAUUGUCUGUAUCUAUCAUAACAAAAGUAUGCAAAAUGGUGGCUUCUCUGCGGCGGCAAUAAUUACAAGCUAUUAUAUCAAAGUAGAUAUUUAGUCAACUACUUGCUUUUUAGUAAAUAAAGAUGUUUCUGACCUUAUCGUUUAUUUAUUCUUAUCAUGUUACAUCCUGCCUCCUCUUCUUGUCUUGAUGAGAAAUUGCUCAGUAUAUUUAUUUACACAUGGCCAUGGAACUGACUCCUCCCAGGACGAGGCUUUGGGAAUUACAUAGAAGUAUCUCACGGGAAAUGAGAAGGAAUGUCAAGAGAAACACUUUGUCCCAGUAGAGGAGAGUGACCUGAGCCUAGCAGAAGGAUGUUCUCCAUUCUAAAGGCACGCUCAGUGAGCAGUUCUACACUGAUGAAAGCAUUCCAGCAAGAUCACAGGCCUAUCAUUCACAGUAAGCCACCUAAAGACAAGAUCGGGACAGUGCAAUCUGUCUUCGCCAUGUGUGUGUUUGCUGUGACGCUCCUGGCCCCCGCUGGGUGGAUCUUGCACCAUAUUCCAGACUACCAACAAAGAGCACCUGCACAACGCUGACUGCUAACUCCUUUCAGUCAGGUCCACAAGCAUUUGGACAAUGACAGUGUAUUUUGUCAUUUUGCCUUUAUAAACCACCGCAAUGGCAUUGAAAUAAAAUAUUUAAGAUGUGA